AUGCCCGAGGUACCAACUCGACUUCCUCACCCGUACUCCCCCAGCUCACCCGAACUCUCUGAGCUCACCCAUACUCUCUCAGCUCACCCGUACUCUCUCAGCUCACCCGUACUAUCUCAGCUCACCUGUAUUCCCUACUUCUCUCGGCGCGUAGUCCUGCUCAGCCGACUCCAGGUCGAUCGCGAACCUGAUGGGAGGCCUUGCAUACUCGGCUACUAUGCCUUUGGUGCGCCUGCUCGUGUCUCUGGAAAUCAGGCAAAUUCAACCUUGUCCGCGCUGGGCCUGUCGUUCGUCACGUGGUCACCUACUGCUACCCCCGACUGCGCCGUCGACCCUGGGCAGCGGCCUAGUGGUACUGAAUGGGAAUCGGUCUACUGCUCCACUAGCGGGGACGUGACUUUCUUGGAGUUGACUGCGCAUUAUAUAGUCCGCAAGGACCUCCCCAGCGACUUGACCGCACUUGCGGCGCUCACUUCAUUAAAAAUGAAUGGUAACCUACUGGACGGCAACAUGGGAAAGUACCUCAAGUAUCUCACUGGCCUCUCUGCCCUCCAAACAUUGAACAUGGCCAGUAAUUUUUUCUCUGGACAGUUCCCAAGCUUCCUCCUAGGCUUAACGAGUCUUACUGCUCUGGACCUCUCAUACAACGCCCUCACGGGCUCCCUGCCAUCCACCAUCACCAAGCUCAAGUCCCUCAUCCUCUACAACAACUUCCUCGUGGGCUCUCUACCGUCCAACACCUGGACCGAAUGCUGGGGCUAUCUCAACUGCCUUAGCUCUGUCGGCACGUGCGGUUCGGCCUACACAGCUCAGCGCUCGAGUGCCGACUGUGCCAUUUGCGGCAGCACUGAUGGCACCGGCACGCUGUGUAACCCGGGCGAGUCGUGCGAGGCGGAUAGCGAUGCCAGAAUUUCCUCCAACAGUUUGAACGUGCAGGGUGUUGGAGCGACAGUGAUGUGUAAAGUCCUGAGCAGCCCUCUCAUUGAAGCUACUCAGGUGUCAGCGCUGGUAGCCAUCAAGUCCGCGAUGGACCUGACUUCCAUCAUGUGGUCACUCACUACUACACCCAGCUGCGCGGUCGACGUGUCAACGAGUAAAGAUACUGAUUGGCGCUCAGUCAUGUGCUCCACAAACGGUGACGUGGUUUUCAUGGAUUUGUCACUGCGAAAUAUAGUCCGCAAGGACCUUCCCAGCGACUUGACCAAACUUUCGGCGCUCACUUAUUUGACAUUGAGUAAUAACCUGCUGGACGGCAACAUAGGGAACUACCUCAAAUAUGUCACUGGCCUCUCUGCCCUCCGAGAGCUGUACAUUUACGGUAAUUAUUUCUCUGGACAGUUCCCAAGCUUCCUCCUGGACUCAACAAGCCUUACUGCUCUGGACCUCUCAUACAACUACCUCACCGGCUCCCUGCCAUCCACCAUCACCAAGCUCAACACUGAUGGCACCGGCACGCUGUGUAGCCCGGGCGAGUUGUGCAAGCCGGAUGCCGAUGCCAGUAUUGCCUCCCUCAGUGUGAACAUGUCUCCAGAAGUGGAACUGAGGUGUAUCGGCGUUAGCGGCCUUCUCAUGGAAGCUUCUCAGGCCAAUGCGAUGAUGGCAUUGAAGGCUGCUCUGGGUGUGACCCUCACCACGUGGGCCUCCACCAACCUCUGCCGCAUCACCGAAAAAACAACGGCCCUCUCGAACGAGUGGACUGGCGUCUUCUGCAAUCUCGCCGGCUCCGUGGAGUCCAUCUCGGUGGGGCGUCAGAGUCUCAAGGGGUCCAUUGCUUCGGACAUCACGAAGCUGACUGCGCUCACCUACCUGGAUUUUGGGUUCAACCUUUUUCAGGGCGCCCUCAACGUAUUUCUCUUUCCAAUGAACGGCAUGACUUCGCUGAAGGCGCUAUUUCUCAGCUACAACUGGUUUUAUGGAACCAUUCCUACCAUCUUUGCCUCUCUGCCUCAGCUCACCACACUAGGCCUCUACUCCAACUACCUCACGGGCACCAUGCCCAUCCCCUCAACCACCCUGGUCGGUCUGGACGUGGGCUUAAACUACCUCUCGGGCUCCUUCCCCCAGCUCUCCCUCAAGAGUUGUUCGGCUGACUGCAACUGCUUCCUCUCCUCCUCCUACUGCCGUUCCUCCAGCCAGUACCAGCGCUCCGCCUCCGACUGUGCCAUCUGCGGGUCUGCCGACGGCCAGGGCGAGUUGUGCUAUGGUGGGCUGUGCGGUCAUGACAGUGCUGAUGCAGUCAGUGCGGGGACUGUAAACUCUCCAGCACUGCCCAUGGUUCCCAUGAAGUGUCUUGGUUCGCCUGUGGUCGUAAUGGAUACUGCCUCAGCCUAUGUUCUACUGAGCGUGAAGUCAUCUCUGGGAGUCACCGACUCUACCUGGGUCGCCGCCUCCCCCUGCACAAUCGGGCAGUCCCGAUGUCAGCCUCCCAGACACCUGGAACGGCGUGGGCUGCUCCGUUGCUGGGGCCGUCAUCAGCGUGUGAGUGAUGCUGGAAACCACGACAUCCCAUCCCAUCCACCUGGAGCAUCUGUCAAACCUCAGCACGUUUCUUCCAUCCUACUUCCCUCCUGGGCUGCCUUCCCCCAAUGCCUCAGGGACCUGUCGAGCAACCUUUUCCGCCAGAACCUCGCCUCAUUCACUUCUGGCUUCUCCAAACUGCAGGCCCUCAAACGCCUCCUACUGAACAACAACUGGUUCGCGGGCUCCAUUCCGUUUGCCCUCGUCUCCCUGCCCACCCUCACCUACCUAGACCUGCACACAAACGCACUGACCGGGACGGUGCCAGCCCUGCCCACCUCUCUCCUCUCCCUUGACAUCCAAGACAACUUCCUCGCGGGAAGCUUCCCUACUGCUUCCCUGAAGAGCUGUGAUGCGAGCAGCAACUGCCUAGCGAGUGCGAUGGCGUGCAGCGAGGAGAGUGCUGUGUCUCAGAGGGAUGCCGACACGUGUUCCUUCUGCGAGUCGCAGGACGGGACGGGCUUGCUGUGCUUUGGAGGGUCAUGCUUGCCGGAUGUGGAUAACAGCACCGUGCAUGAUGAUGGCAUGGACCCUCCUGACAUGUACUGUAUUGAGGCACCGGUGGUCACAAUCCAUCCUACCGAUGCGCAAGCGCUGCUGGCAGUGAAGGGCGCGCUAGGGGUGACCUUCACAACGUGGGGGCCUGACAUGCCGUGCACCACGGCUUCGACCGGGCCAACCAUUGAAGGCACCUUGCCUGCCGUGUCCUGUGACCCUUUCGGCAGAGUCCGCACCUUGCAACUGAAGCGUCUCAACCUUGCAGGCAGUCUUCCUCGUGCAAUUUCCAAUCUCACAGCUCUCACCUACAUCUCCGUGGCCUUCAACUACCUCACCGGAUCGCUCCCCACCGCACUCCCCACCACGCUCGCCUCUCUGGACGUGCAAAGCAACUUCCUGGUAGGUUCCGUGCCGGCCAACAGCAUUGCCUACUGCGUCAGCACAUGCAACUGCCUGGUGGACGCGUCCAAGUGUGCAUCACUGGGACUGGCACAGCGCAGCGCCGCUGAAUGUGCCGUCUGUGGCUCCACCAACGGCCAGGGCACUCUGUGUGCUAAUGCCACCACCUGCCGGGUUGCUGCUGCUGGGGCUGGGGUGACAACUCUCCCCACUGCGCUUUCUGCUAGUCUCCCUCUCUUCUGCGAGGCCAUUCCCAUGGACUUGAACACUACCCAAACCAUGGUGGCCAUCAAGGCCGCACUGGGGGUGACGCUGACAGACUGGACUGCCACCCUGCCGUUGCUCAAGCCCUCCAGCCCUACCUCGCUCAAUUCGCUCCCACGCAGCAGCAGUGUGCCGCUGGCAGAGUCUCUGGGCACGUGCACGUUGGAGGGGCAGACUCCCGGCCCAGGCGCAUGGACCGGCGUCUACUGCAGCUCCAAGGGCGUUGCUGUGGGCAUCGACCUGAGCUCCAAUCCCUUCCAGCGCCGCCUGGAUGUCUUUCUCUCGCUCGUCUCUACCCUCAAGGCACUUCAGAAUCUUCACCUACAUAACAACUGGUUCUCUGGCUCCAUCCCCUCAUCUCUCGUCGCACUCUCUGCUCUCUCCACCCUCGCCACCAAUUGCGCCAACGCUGCCGGCACGGCGCAACGGGCAGCCUCAGAGUGCAGCGUGUGUGGGUCCACCGAUGCUUCUGGCGUUCUGUGUGGGGGAGGGCUGUGCGCCUCUGAUGCCUCCGCCCCUGCUGCCUCCUCCACUCCCAACACGGACGGCCAGCCGCUGCUGCCACUGAGCUGCCUGGGAGUGCCCAUGGAUGCGGCCAUGGGGUUGGCGCUGCUGAGUGUGAAGGCAUCGCUGGGUGUCACGUUCACGGAUUGGAAUGUGGAUGCGCCGUGUGCACUGGCAGGGCAGGCCGUGGUGCCGGGCUCGUGGUCCAGCGUUGUGUUUGGCUUUCUCUGGUCCUCAUGUAGCUCCAUGCUGACACGCUCUCAUCAUCACAUUCUCACAUCCUCACGUGUGUGGGCUGUGCCAUGCUGCACGUGUGUGGGCUGUGCCAUGCUGCACGUGUGUGGGCUGUGCCAUGCUGCACGUGUGUGGGCUGUGCCAUGCUGCAGCGAGCUGAACAACAACCUCUUUUCAGGCCGCCUGGAUUCCUUCCUCACCCCUCUUCUUCCCGUCAAGACCCUCAAAGUCCUCCACGUCCACAACAACUACCUGUCGGGCGCCGUGCCACCAUCACUCACUGCUUUCUCCGCCCUCUCUGAACUGAAGAUCCAGGCCAACUACCUUACGGGCAGCAUGCCGGCAGCGCUGCCGGCGUCCCUCAAGUACCUGGACGCAUCAGGGAACUACCUGGUGGGAACGUUCCCCACCACCACCACCACCUACUGCAGCUGCGCCAGCAACUGCUUCACAGACAGCACCAAGUGCAUCAAUGGCACCACGCAACGUGCAGCAGAUGCUUGUUCCAUCUGCAGCAGCACCAACGGCACUGGGGUGCUCUGUAGUGGCGGCACGUGUGCUCCCAGUUCGACGGCUCUGAUCGCAGCAAAGACUGUGAAUACGGGGACGGCUGAGAUGUACUGCGCGGGUGCUCCCAUGGAUGCUACCAUGGCUGCGGCGCUACUGAGUGUGAAGGCAUCGCUGGGAGUGUCCUUCACGGACUGGGCGGUGAGCUCGCCGUGUGCCGUGCAGGGAGUGGCAGCACCGCCAGGCGCGUGGGCCAACGUCCUCUGCGACUCCACCUUCAAACCCGUCUCCCUCAAGCUGUCUGGCCUGAAGCUGACGGGGAGGAUGCACUCCGAUAUCUCCAAGCUCACCACCCUCACCUCUAUUGAUCUCCGCAGCAACCUAUUACAGGGGCGUCUGGAUGUGUUCACAACCAACUUCAAGGCGCUCACCUCGCUCAAGCAAGCCUACUUCGACUUCAACUGGUUCUCUGCGUCUAUCCCCUCUGCCCUUGUGGGCAUCGCCUCCCUCACAUCAUUCGGAGCGAGCUACAACUACCUGUACGGCCCCGUGCCCAAGCUCGGCACGGCUCCCAAGACCAUAGACCUGCAGAAGAACUGGCUGUCCGGCACAUUCCCCGGCACUGGCUUCCUCUCCUGCUCUGCCUCCUCCAACUGCCUCGCCAACAUAGGCACAUGCAACACCACAGGCACCAAGCAGCGCCCAUUGGCUUCUUGCUCCGUCUGUGACUCUCUUAAGGGCACCGAUCCCAUCUGUGCCGGCGGCACCUGUGCUCCCAACACUGCAGGCCCUCUUGCCACCUUCACCACCCCCACCGCCUCGUCUCCCAUUCUGCCACGCUUCUGCGUCGGUGUGCCUUUGAGCGCAGCGGAGGCCACCAUUCUUCUCUCAGUCAAGACAGCUCUCGGGGUCACCUUCACCGAAUGGUCUGCCAGUACCAUUGCAGCCAAGGCCAGGACCCUUAUCAGCGAGAUCAGCAACAAGCCGAAGGCACUGAAUAAGCGGCGCUUGGCAGAGAGUGAAGCGCGUAGGGAGAGGGUGCUGCUGGUGGCCCCCCCUUCAGCGCAAGCGGGCAUGUGCACGAUUCAAGGCCAGACGCCCGUGCCUGGCUCCUGGCCAGGCGUGUUCUGCUCUUCUGACGGCGUGGUUGUUGGCCUGUGA